CAAAGGUGCCAUCAAAGCUAAUGCCAUGCUAUAAUUGCGGUUUUUUUUCAUACAUUGCGAGGAAGAUUGCAACAUCCAAUUUGCUUCAUGCUUCGUCGUUUGCCUGGUAUUCACAGAGUCUUUAUUAGGCAUCUUAGUGACUCGUGAUCCUACGUUUGUAUUCAAGAGUAGAAGAAAAUGUUGUCGACUCUGCGGGGGCCCCUUUCUCGGCGGCUUGCGCGGAAGCCCAAAGUCGCUGGUGAGGCACAAAGCGCAUGGCUUCGCUACUUCAGCGACCACGCGGAGGUCACAUCCAAGGAUCAUCUCCCGAUUCAGGAACGAUUAGCGAUGUUCGACCGUACCCGCUCGGGACAUUUCAUUUAUGGCCAGAAUAUGAAGAACCACAACAACUUCCCCUUUCUAAAACUAAAAAUGAAGAAAUAUAUAAAUUAGUUGAAUACAACAACAUGUUGCUUCUGAUCUAUGACCUAAGGAGAGAUGAUAGUUCGUCUGUCGAAUGGUCCUAGACGUCGCUAGAAAGCAUGCUUGUUUACGUUUCAAUCUGAAUUUUCUAGAAGUCGCAUAAUCUCAGGUAAGAUCUAUUCUUGUAGACGGUACAAGGACUCGAAGGCAUGCAUAGAUCUAUUCUUGUAGACGGUACAAGGACUCGAAGGCAUGCAUAAACUCUAAUGUAUCCCCUUGAAGCCGGAUGCGAGUCUUGUCUCGGACCUGGAAACCUACGAUCAUCCAACCAUCGACCGGAAAAAGUUUGUCAAAAGUAUCCGCGCUCCAGUUGGCCUUUACACCAUGAUAUACGACGUCAUGCGGGAGGAGCUGAAGGGAAUGGGCGACCUGUCCCAAUUUGACCAGGGCGUCAGUUUAUGUGCACACUCGUUCUUCUAAAUAAAGUACUACUACCUACGUUGUCCAACUUCAUGUGCAGGGCUGAUCCUAAGUUUCAAAAAUGAAGAACGUUGAUUUGUGAAUCGAUCAUCUGGAAUUAAUCAUUUUGUAGCAAUGCGCCUGAUUUUCGUAGGUCUUGUUAGAAAUAUAGCGAUGCUGCAGCACGAUACCCCUCCCCGUGAAACACGGUAAGUCGUGAAUACCUAGUACAUGAAUAAAGCAGUCAUCUGAACCCCCUCUAAUCACGAAAAUUCUCUCCGAGUCGGAGCAGAAGGCCUACCUGGAUACUCUACUGGCUAACAUGAUAUUCCCGAAAAACGUUGCGAGACAUGCGGACAAGGCGACAAAGGCGACCCAGCUGUUUCCGGCGUACAUCUAUUCCCACAUGUCCGCAGGUUUGGGAAAUUACAUCAUGGAAAAGACAGGCAGGAGCAAGAUUGACGAUGCCUACCGAUAUAUCACCUACUACCGUUCCGGGCUCAUGAUGGAAGAGUACUUAUUUUCAACAACGAACUAUAAUCAUGCUUAAAAAUAUAUUACAGUUGUGAAGAUGUUUUCCUCUCUUGUAAGAGCAAGCUGAACAUUAAGACCCACCAACAUGAGCUGUUAGCUCAAAGGAAUCGGCAUGCACGAGAAUAUCCUUUUUUUCAUAUACAAGUGCAAGUGGUACUUUCGAAUUUAUUCAUUAUACAUAGGUAUAUUAUCUCAUCGUCAUAAACCUAGGUUGUACCGCAUUGGCUACAGCCGGGAAGAGGCUAUCAAGAUGGUCGCGAAGGAGCACUUUCUGCAGUACUGGUCUGGUGACCCCUUUGGCCCGAACCGCGACCCGCAUGUGUACAACCCUUUCAAGCGCACAUUCUACCCGUGCGAGUCGCACAUCAGCGAGGGAUCCACCGACUUGGGACGCGACCACGAAGUUGAGACAGCCCGUCUCUUCUCCAUGGGCUUCGAGGGCAUGGAGCCACCAGUGACCAUCCUCAGUUCCGGUGACACAGGUAUGUUCACGGACGGCGCGCUCAACAGUGUCCAGCACUUGGUAGAGGCGUCCGAGCGAGGAUUCGCCAUGCCCCUCAUCUACCAGGUGUGCAUGAACAAUAGCGCAAUCUCCACGCGCUACGACAAUUAAGGCACCACACACUACUUCUAGUACUUAUCCACAAAUGAGAGAAGAUAUGUCUUCUACAACUCAGGAAUUUCACGCAUUUCGUCUGCUUAGCCUCCACGCGCCAUUUCUUCUGGUUGUAUUCACAAAUGAGAGAAGAUUUGAAUUUGUCUUCUACUUACUCUCUCUAUCAUCUCCUUCGUGAAAAGGUGCGUUAUCUAAAAUUGAUAUCGAUAAAUAUCAGCUAUGUAAUAUGAAUAUGUAGAAGUCCACCUCGUCCUUCUUGCGAUUAAUAUUCAUAUUUCGCUAGAACUAGAAGCAAGAGAAUUUCACUAGUUCCUCCCCUUUUGUGGAGCUUCUCCUAGCCCCCGCUCUAAGACACAGGCCGUGACUACGGUGUGGAUGACCUCGACGUGUGCCUCAUGAAAUUGGAGAACCGCUUUGCACAGUAUGAAGGCCUCAUUGACCCGGGUUUCGUUUCUCGCUCUGGAGAUGUUGCUGAUGGUAUGGAGUGCAUGAGGAAUGCCGUAGAUCAGGUACUACCCCUCCUUUCAUCAGACUUUGGUUUCUUUUUACAGAAAGUGCUACAACUGUGAUAGUUUGUUAGAUUAAUAUUGGUAUAGUCUACAACUUUGAGUCAUUUUUAUCUUGUUACACAGGUCAGGAAUGAGCAGAAGGAUGUGUCUUCUUCAAGAUUUUACCCUUGUUGUUGGAGCAAAUUCAAACACCACUACAGUUGCAGUUAAGUGUCCUCAUUCGUCCAUCAUAGGAAGACACCACGAUUCCAUUGACACCUAGGUUCUGGAAACCGGGCGACCGACGUAUGUUAUUUCAAGCUUCCCGUUCCGUCCGGGAGGCCAUGCCUCUGACGCGAACCCUUCUCCGGAGCCGAUUAUUCUUGAUCAGUUCAAGAAAACGAAGGAUAUCUUUAUGAAGCAGCUUUGUGCAGCGGCACCACCAGGUAGCCUAUUUUGCCUGGAGUUUUCUGCUUUUCUACAGUUUUGAUUUUCCACAGAAUGAAAUAUCUAGACACUCCGUUUGUCCUCGUCACUACUACAGCAUUUGUCCAUUGUGAAGGUAAAAAUAGAUCCGAGAAAUGUGCAAAAUGAGUAUCAUCCUUAUUCAUCGUGCAAACUGACCUUGAUAGGAAUGACCGGCCCGGAACUGGCAGAUAUGAUGAAGGAGUAUCAUGAGAUUGUACAUGGCGAGGUGGAGUUGGCCAUCCGUGGACGCAAUAUCCUCACUAAGCAGGAGGCCUACGAGAUCUCCCAGCCAGGAGUGACGACCACAUUAGCGCAAGAGCCAGGCCAGAUUGUCGACAUCGACGCACAAUACAUGAUGAACAAAAACCAAGCUGCUUUCGCGGGUAUGGGGUCUGACAUCUAUGGUCGCGCCAUCAAUGCGCAGUUCGACAAAGCCGUGGAAGAGGGCAAGGAGAUGCGGUAUUCCACCUUUUCAGAAAACGACUUCUGCUUCCUAGGCGAGGACUUUUGUGGUCGUUAUGAUUUUCUGGAAACUUGAGCGUCUCCUGCUACUAGGCAAGUUUUGUAGUUAUUUCAUCUCGAAACUUGAAGAUGAACGUUUUUUAUAUUUUCAUUCACAGUUCACGCUUAGGUUUCCCAUCACGUUUACAAUAGUAUCGCGUCUGGUUAUUUCGUGACAUCAAAAAUAUUGAUAUUAUAGUACCCUCUAGUGCAGUGGAAACCUGAUGUACCAUUGUCCCUCCACCAAGGUACGUGCAUCAAGAAAACCACUACGCGGGUGAGCACGACAGUCGUGGUGGCGUUUACGGUGAGUUGAACGCUGUGCAAGGAAAGCACACCAAGAAAUUUGUGUCCAUUUUUCCGCAGGAAGCACAGGUGAUGCAGGUCGGUUUGGCUAUGCGCACGGUUUUGCCGAAGGAUAACAUUAAGGGUUACCACAUUGCAUUCUUCACUGCCAUCCUUGACUCUUUUCCUAGUAAAAAAGAGGCCAGGGAUGAUCUGAAGAAUGCAAUGCCGCAACCUCUAAUAACAGGGUCUUUGUGAAAGGUCCGCACACGAUCUUCAACGAGCACUGCCGAGACGUGAUGAAGUAUGCCGCUUUCCUAAAGUGCGAUCGUGGUCUCCAGGGCAACUGCAUGUACAUCUUCGACGGCGGAUCCAUUGCGAACAAGGACAAGUUCAACUUUACAGACCCCGUCACGGGAGAAGAGGUGCAUAUUACAAUUUUACUUUUAUAUUAUUCGGACUGAUCGCAUUGAGGAUCCAUCAGAUCUAAUCUAUACAGAUACUUAGGUUUAUUAAUUACAUCUUCUAUCGUACUCAAUUACACUUUCUUGCACCAGCACCUUGCUUUUGACCACAACAUCAUCAGUUUUUGCCCUUCUUUCAUUCCUUUUUGAGUAAGUAAGUCUCGCGCCUAUUUCGGGCGUGCCAGCAUCCUGUCGUAUCCCAGGUUCGCACUCCACAGUAGCUCCACAUCAUCUAUCACAACCCUUCCAAAAACCAGACCAGGUUUCAUCUUCUCUUGAUGUUGAUUUAUCACUUAGUACUCAUGAUAAGUUAUUAACUUCCCAAAGCGUUUCUUUUCAUGAUACUAGGUGAAACGCGACAUGUGGCUUGCGCGUGUCGGUGAACAUCAUAACACUGCGGAGUAUUCUUCCUACGCUGCGGAUGCAAAUACGGUUGUGUGCACUCCAAUCGAUAUGAACCUUUUUGCAGCCUCAGUGCCAGAAUGCGUGCGACUCUAUGACAUGGGUCGCUUUACCGUGACUGUCGCUCCCACUGCCAGCUUCGGCCUGCUGCAUCCUAAGUUAUGACAAAUUCCUUAUUUUCCAUCCAUUUUCCCCUUCGCUAAUUGUCGUGACUUAGACAGAAUUAUUGAUUGCUCCUCAACCCGUCAUAUAUAGUACAUGUUUUCCGUAGCAAUAAUUGCUAAGCAGCAUCUUUCAGUCGACCUUCUUGAUCAUAAGAUGACGGUAUUUUCAUGUAACAGGGCAGCUAGGCCACGACCAUUUCACGACUGCAUUUUGAUUUAACAAUUGUUGUAGGCAAACCGAGAGCAAACAAGAUACAUCAGCAAAAGAUGAAAAACACAUCUCUAAGUUCCUUUGACGGCCUCGAGGCAGCUGGUAAAGAAUCCUUGACGGUCAACGACAUGCUUCGUGUCAACUUCGGCGACAAGUCCGGUUUUAACCCACCUGCAAAUGGUAGGAAAUUGGUCGUCCUGUCCUACGGUCCCGAUGCAAAGUUCGUCACAAAGGCCCUAGUCGACAGCAAGGUAAUGCUCUUAUUUAGCUAGAAUGCAGCUGAUUUUUGAAGAGUCAUGCUGAUUUUUGAAUCGUGCUAUAUUAUUAUACCUUAUCAUUUAUUUGAUUUGAUCGAAGCUAUGUAUAGUACAUUGUCAUUUAUUAGUUGUAUAUCUUCCUCUGGUCUGUCUUUUUUCUAGUUAGGUCGGCAGCUCCACCACAAUUUAUUAGUUGUGUCCAACACAUCAGGGACUAUCUUGGGGUACUUUAAGUACAUUAUCAUUAGUGUCCAACACAUAUUAGCUUUAGAAGUUGUAAGAAGUUCGGACUCGUCUGACAGGAGACCUAGUUGUAAUGCGGGCCCCAAAAAUACUAGUGUCAUCUUCAUCUUCUAAUCCGUCUCAAUCUGAUAAUCUGUCUCAACACAGGUUGAUUGCGAGAUGUUCGUUUUGAACUACAACCGCACGCCCAACUCGUUGGUGAGCUACUUGCAGAGCCGUAUGGGCGAGGAACUGGAUAUCCUCCUCGUGGACCAGAACUGCAAUGCUGCUCUUUACGGUCCUGUGAUCACGGACUUGAAGCGCAAGCUGCAAUAUCCGCGCAGCUUCUUUUUCGCUGAGUGCUCUAUCCCGCAGACGUUUAUCCCAUACGGAUUCGGCGAGCCAUUGUUGCAGGAGUCGGACAUCAUCGAAUCCUUGCAAACACAGGGCAUCAUCGCAGGAGGAAAGCCGAAGGCUGCGGUAGGACAACCUUCAUCUUGUUUUUUGAAGUAAAAACGAUUAGUACAAACAAGUAAAUCCAUCAUCCAGAAGUCCAUCAUCCAAAAGAACAGGUAAAACUUGAUUCAACAGUUUUCAUUUUUCGUGAUGCUUCGAAUUCGAUCCAAAGAUUAUAAGAUGAUACAAAAUCAUAGGCUACUCCGUCCGCGGCCCCCAUCGCUUCCGCUCCGUCCACAGCAAGCGCUGCUCCCGCCGCCGCCGCCGGAGGACAGAUGGUCACCGUAAAUGCCCCUAUGGAUGGCGAAGGUGUCUACCUUACCUUCCACAAGAAGGUCGGCGAUUCCGUGCAGAAGGGAGACAUCGUCAUCGAGGUCGAAUCCGACAAGGCCACAAUCGAAGUAUUAUGGUCAGCUUUUUGUUUUUUCCAUCAUUCUCGGCAUCUUGGUCCCCUUUUUUCUUGUCUUCUCGUGAGAAAUACAAGGUAAAAGGGGUCAAGAUGAGGGGGCCGAGAUGCAAUCUAGCAGACUCUAAAAGUAGUUGCACCCCAAGCGGGCGUCAUCAAGGAGUUCCACGCGAAGGAGCAAGACGAGAUGGACGUCGACCCAUCCACGAAGCUCUUCAGCAUGGACGCUGGCGGUGCAGGCGGGGCUGCUGCCCCGGCCGCAGCUCCUGCAGCAUCAAGUGGCGGCGCAGUCGUCGAUGUGAACGCGCCCAUGGACGGUGAGGGCGUCUACCUCACCUUUCACAAGAAGGCAGGAGAAGCAGUCAAGAAGGGAGACAUUGUGGUCGAAGUUGAAUCCGACAAAGCCACAAUUGAAGUCGCUGCUCCUCAGGAUGGUAUGUUGUAAACUAAUUCCGUUGCAGGAAACACUAUUGACCUCUGAGUAUGAGUUUCGCAAUAAGCGUUUCAACUUCAUCAUGUGGUGCUUUUCCUUUUCCUUUCGACAAUAGAUAAGUACUUCAACUUUAUCAUAAAGUGUUUGUGCUUUCGAUAAAAAUUUCCCGUUCUUACCUUGCAUACCAGGUACAGUCAAAGAGUUUUUUGUGAAGGAGCAGGAUGAGAUGGAUGUGAGCCCAUCCACGAAGUUGUUUAGCAUGGAAGUUGGAGGCGGUGGCGGUGCUGCUGCACCGGCCGCAGCUCCUGCCGCGUCCAGCGGUGGCGAAGUCGUGCCCGUGAAUGCACCUAUGGAUGGCGAAGGUGUCUAUCUUACUUUCCACAAGAAGGCGGGACAAGCAGUUAAGAAAGGCGACAUCGUUGUCGAAGUUGAAUCCGACAAGGCUACGAUUGAGGUUGCCGCGCCUCAGGACGGUACUACUUAAAUCUAUCAAUGCCUUGUUAUGAAAAAAUUUAGAAACAAAGAAAUUUUUGAACUACUUCUAGCCAUACUUUGAAACACUUGUUUCUUUAUAAUUGCAAAUGUCACUCAUCGCAAUGACCUGUUGUAAUUUCCCUCGCAUCUCAGGUGUUGUGAAGGAAUUUUUCGUGAAGGAACAAGAUGAAAUGGACGUGAGCCCGGACACUAAAUUGUUCACGCUUGAGGUCGGAGGAGGUGCCUCCGCACCUGCGGCCGCGCCUGCUGCUGCACCUGCCGCUGCACCCGCCGCCGCUCCGACUUCCGCACCCGCGGAGGAUGGCGUCCGUGAAUACCAGCUCAACCGCACUGAAGCAGCUAUGGUGAAGGCUAUGACCGUGACUGCUAAGGACACCCGUUGUUUCUCGCAGUUUGAUUCCAUGGACUUCAACAAAGUUCGCGCUGUCGCUAAGGAGAACGGAGUCACGCCACCGAUUGUGAUGGUCAAACAUCUGGGUUUGGCACUCGACAAGCUCGAUUUGAACAAGAAGCUCUCCAAGGACCGCAAAUCUCUCCUCUUCGUACUUAAAUAUACCUAUUUAGUCUUUUCAUGUACCUGUAACAAUAUGAAAUCGUCACCAAAUAUGAAAAACCACAGAAGUAUUUCUACGAGUUGUUACGUUACUGCUCGAAGUACUAUUUCACUCAACAUAAGCAUAUCUUCCAAACAAAGAACUAAAAAUCUUUAAAAAUGAAUCUUCCUUCCACAGCGUACCCAAUCUAUCUAUCUGUGUUCCCAACAGCGUAAAUCCGUGGACAUUGGUAUUGCCGUCGAUGUGGGUUCGGGACUGCGAACUUGCGUCAUCCGUGACGUUACCAACAAGAGCUAUGAAGACAUCUCCAACGAUGUCAAGGGCUUCGUUGCCGCUGGCAAGAAACUGCGUCCGGAAGACCAAGACCUCACCAACGUGUGCUGGACCGUCACAUCCAUUUAUGCCUCCACCCUAAGCCUAAAUAACGUUGAUAUCUCUACACCAAAAAAGGUUGAUAACAAAAUAACAAGCAUGGCUCUACUUACUACAGGGUAUAGCAAGUAGCUCUACUUACUACGACCAGAUCUAGACGAACGUCGUGUUUACUAGAGCCUCUCCUUCAAUUACUAUCACCCCUCUUUGAGUGUCAUUCCAUCCCCAGAUGAAUAUCCUUAUAAUAUGUGAAAAGGCCAACCUCUUCUUCAGUAUCAAAUUCCUCGCUCGAAUCUGCCCAAUAUUGAGUGAAGAGGCAAACUUAUCUCCUGUCCACAUUUAUCCCCUGUUAUCACAUAUCACUCCCAUCCGCACUUCUCUCUCUCUUCUAAUAAAACGGUAAGACCGCCGCGAAGUUCGCUGUCAGCGUCUUGCCCCCAGGAACAUCCGGUAUUCUCUCUAUCGGGCGUAUGGCGAAGGACGGCGAAUGCUACCUCUCGGCAGCUAUGUGCCAUGCUACGCUGACCGGCGUCGAGGGAAGCAACAUCCUUCACGGAGUCCGCGCUGAAUUCGGGGAAUAGUUAGGCGUCGAGGGAAGCAACCUCCCUCAUCAUGUUCUUGUCUCUCAUCAUCGACUAAGCACUGCUGAUGGCUUAGAAGUAAAAUGGUAAUAAUAUUCAAUAUGAUCAUAUAUAUUAUAAGUUCACUUUGAUAUGCGAAAACUUAAUACUACGAAAACAGACUAAAAAAACUUGAUAUCUCAGGUUAAUUCGAUUUCGAUAUAUGCGAAAACAGAAACAGAUUUCUCAGUACAACCUCUCGUUACAGACUUGAUUACAUCUUCCGAUAGACAUUUUUCUUCUACUUACAGAAAACAAGAAAUAAGAUCAUUGCUGACAUAUUGAUAGCUGACACGAUAGAAUCGCCUCGUGCGAGUAAUUAACUAGCCUUGCGGCGCCAGGUGGCAUAGAUAGUUUGUCCAACUAAAAAUUCUUCUCGUGAAUGGAGAUACUCACACUAGCAGUUAAAUACAUAGAAGAAUUAGUACUAGUAGUUGUCAGACACAGAGGACUCCCACUAUGGGUUUGCUUAUAAAAGGCAUUUCUGAUCAUGGAAGGAUUUCAGGAUCUUUUACUUUGAGUCGUUAACAGAAGAGUCUAGCUGCCACAAUUGUAGGAGGAUCUAUUCCGUAAGAAAGCACAUUUCUGAAUCAUUCUAGUCUAAAGUUCAGAAAGGAAAGAUUGUGCAUGAACAUUCUAGACGAAAAUCAUACAUGAUGAUCUUCAUAGUAAAAUUAGAGUAGUAGGCAUCGUAUGAUGGUUCAAGUUUAUAAGGGUUUUAUUCUUAAUGAACAGAAAAUACAGAACAGGAAUGAACAAGACACAUUCACGUAGCUUUUUCUUUUACUUAUUCGAUGUCGUUUAAGUUUGAAAGUUUGAUAACAAGUUAGUACAGUAAAAAAUUGGCAUAAUGAAGAAGGUAUUGGUCAACAAAGGAUAAUACGCAACAUAGUAAAGAUAUUGCUAUCGAUGCUUAUCAUAUUUUUUCAUAACUACUGUCUUUCUCAACUCGCUUCGCUCUGAAGAGUUGAGUUUGUGCAUAUUUUGGUCAACGCAAAAAUGUUCGGUCAACGCAAAAAUAUUUGGUCAACGCAAAAAUCAAAUCACGCAGAAUAUUUCAAGUUGCUUCGCGCGCAUAACUACAUCAUAAAUGGAGUAUACACUU